UUUUGUACACUACUCAGACCAGUUGAAAAAAAAAACUAGUGAAAAAUGUCUUUGGACGAGAAAUUCAAUGAAGUUGCCGAGACAGCCCGGCAAAUCAGUCAGUUGGUCACAAAGGAGGAAUGGAUGGAAGUCUAUGGACUCUACAAGCAAUCAGUCGAAGGGGACAACUACAGAGGAAGACCAAGUAUGGGUGAUAUCAGAGGAAAAGCCCUAUGGCAAGCAUGGUUCAAUCUCAUAGGAAUGGAUCAAACUGAGGCUAAAAAGAAAUACAUCACGCUUGUUGAGCAGUUAGCACGAGAGCAUCUUUAAACAUUUGAAUUGGAGAUUGUAUGUUCAAAUUUUGUGCUAUUCUCCAACGAUCAUCAUUAGUACACGCUGAAAAAUAAACUGGAAUUCACACCAUUAUUUCUACGGGACAAAAAGAGCAUAGAAAAAUGUCACUUGUAUUGCUGAAUAUGUGGAUAAAUACAAUUUACUAAACAUACAA